AUGCAGCCGUCUGGGACUUUGUCGCUGCCAGCGGCCCCGUUACUGACAAGGGGAACGAGGACGCCACUGCGGAGCAAGGCCCUGCCGCCAUCCCUGACCGUUGCCAGUGCAGCCGCGCUGGCAACGCUGACGGCGCACGCAGGGGUGCGCUUGCAGGCGAGCAAGAGGACAUCCUCGAAAUUCCGUCCCAGCCGACGAAGGGCGAAGGUCCAGGUCGCAGCCUCCAAGUACUACGAGGUCAUUCCCCGAGAAGGCUGUGCAUUCGGGGCCUCCGUGCGUGGUUUCAGCGUCAAAGAGGCCCUGAAUGACACAGCUGUGAUGGAGCAGAUCCGCUCGGACAUGUACAAAUACCGGCUGCUAGUAUUCCAUGGGCAGACAGACCUGUUGCCGGAGGAUCACAUUAAAUUGAGUGAGCAUCUAGGCUCACUAGAGCACAUCCUCCAUCGGCCGCACCCGAAGUCACCGGAUCCUCGGCUGCUACGUGUGGCCAACGACGACCGAGAAGGCUUCAUGUCGGUGGGCACUAGUGGCUGGCAUGUGGAUGGUGUCAUGCUCCAAGCGCCGUUUGCUGCCCAGACUAUGCACCACUUGCAUGCCAUACCUGGUGGAGAUACCAUGUUUCUGGGCCUCAACGAGCUGCUGGAGUCAAUGGAUGAAGAACUCCGGGCUCUCUGUGAACGACUGUGGUUCGUGUCCGGUGUCGGGGAGGACCUGCAGCAGGGUGAAGGACAGAUGUCUAUGUUGCCCUUGGUAUACAAGCACCCCUUCACCGGGGAGAAGACCAUGUGCUUCCACUUGGGUCAGACAUAUUGCCUGGGCUUCGUGGAGGAGAUUCCCUUGAAUGCAUUUCUGGAGGCGUUUGCAGACGUCAUGACUCGGGGAGACAAGCUGUUCAAGGAUGCGCGCUCAUCGUUGCAACGGGUGCUUGCCGGACCAGAGAAUAACUGUCCAUCCAAUUUUCGGUUUUUGCCCGCGCUGCCCGUGCAGGAUGCGCUGCAGAAAGCUAUUGAUGGGAUGGAUCCGGAAACCCACAGCCGAAGCAUUCUGCGAGUAGAGUGGGACAGAGGCGACCUGGCGCUGAUUGACAACAUGGGUUUGGCACACCUUCCGGCCCCUGGCACCCAGUCACUGCCUCUCAUCAGCGGACUUCGGGUUUUCCAUCGGACCACGAUGAUCAACCCAGAGGCCGUGGUUCGAAACCUUCGCGGUGCUCCAUCUGUUCUGCUUGGAGGCAAGAGGCGAGACGGCCCGAUAUCAGACGAAGCCGUUGAGGAUCUGGAUGCCAUGGGUGCUAUUCUCCGAUCUCUAAUGGCAGCGGCACCCAUAAACGAAGACGAGUUGGGAGGCGACCAGAGAGGUGGGGAUUUGCAGAUUCCAAAGAACGUGCCGGCAAGAGAGGAAGCUUUGCGGGCUCUAGAAGAAGCCCAGCAACCUCUGGACAUGCUGAAAGACGUGGAUGCAGAGCUGCAGGCCGCCACAAACCAAGGCAAGGAGACCCUCACGAAGACGCUGAAGAGGCUCAUGAUGGAGUACCAUCCCGACCGGAACCAGAAUCGCGAGAAGGAGAUCAUCCCGAUAUUCAAGCCACCCGGAGCAGGGGCGGCCAGCCAGCGUCAUGGCACAGACCAAGGCCCAGCACCGAAUUUCCCGAUCUUGGCUGCCGUGCGAUCCUUCCGUCCGACCUUCAUGGUGGGCAUCCAACCAGCUGAUGAGAGCACUCUCUCAUCUGAGCGGCUGGACAACUGGAAGGUCGAAGAAAACCAAGUGGACAGCAGUAGCAUCCUCAUCCUCUAUCUGACGCGACGUGGUUCAAACGGGCAGUGUUCGUGCUCGAGCAUUCCCAUGACACCGCCGAUCUUGGCGCGUCCUCCGGAGCCGCUGGACCCAACAGGGAGCAUAGGCUUCGGUCUCGCCAAGGCCGAGGCAGCCGUGGAGAGCGAAGUUGAGCUCGUGGAUUCCGAGCUCCGCUUGGCCCAGGAGUCUGAGAGAAAGGCAUGGGCUACAGUUUCCAGCAUUACACAAGUGGGCCCUACCCUGGAUGACAUAGCAGCAAAGGUCACGACAAACUUCUUGAUCUCGACCGAAGAUGUCCCUCCUUCGGACCCCCAAGGGGUGUACUGGCUGCAGGUUCAGAUGUCGGCCUUCGAUUCGGAUGGCUGCAACCGCUUCAAGUCCUUGGUGACCGAAGAGAUGCACAAGCUGCAGUUCCCCGUUAGCCUGCUGCCAAUGACCUGCGAGGGAGCAAAGCUCAGCGUACGGUGCCUUCCUCGACCGCUUCCUGCUGGAGCGCCGGCAGCUCUUCAGCUAUUCAGUGCUCAGAUCCACCACAUCAACAUCACAGAAGGCACGUUGGCGGAUGUCAGCGACAUUGUGGCCAAGAAAGACGCGCCAGUGCUCGAGGAGAUUUUUCAGGGCCUUCGCUACGACUUGGACGUCAGCGUCACGAAGGCUUUGGAAAGGCUGGUCGUUCAGAAGCUUGAGGAUUUAGUGGCAAGGAGUUCUGACCACAGUGUGGCGAUGCUGGACAGAGGCAACUGCAGUGCGAGCGAGCUCCCUUGCAGGUACGCUUGGGAGGGAGAGUGUUGCAGCACGAGUAGCUGCCAGGACUACCUUACUGAACAGUGCAAGUUCAAUGCCACCUACUGCAUGGAAUACUGCAAGGCCACCCUCGAGGCAGCCAAGGCUGCGGGCAUGGACCUGGUCCAGCAGGUGGUUAGUAUGUUCAAAGGUGCAUCCUCAGACCUCCGCCUGGCAUACGACGACACGAAGAGGCGAGAGCUGAUUCGCAUGACACCGUUUUUGAACCUGUCUUACCAGAGUCUCGUUGGUAGCCUGGCUGACAAUCUCAAGAGCCUUCCGCCGCAUUUGCGCGGCAAUGCGUGGGCCAUGUCUCUUGCUAGCAUACUCGAGGGAGCCACGGAGACAAUGGACACACUGGACUUUGUUGAAAUCAAGAACUUGCCGGGCGUGAAGGCUGUUGUAAGCCUGAAGAACAUGCACCCGUUCAAGCUUUUGGGCAGCAUCAUGCAGGACGUUGGCCUUUUCAAGGCCGUGUCGUCGACCGGCUACGAAAGAAAGCCGCUCUUCUGCAAUCUGCUGCUACUGCUAGUGAGCUCCGGAAUGUUCCGAAAAGUUGUUCUCCGCUUCGAGGGUCGCCUGAACUUGGCUAGCUCUUUCAGCACGUUGCAGCGGACAUGUGUGAUCGAGUACCUGAACCGCCAGCUGACGGAGAGAGACCUCAAGGCCGGCGCCGAAACUGCGCCUUCCCUGAAGGAGUCCUUUUCCGUGGAGCAGUUGUGCAGGCUUUGCCCGGGCCCGCCAGCCCUUGGAGCCCUUCAGUCCGGGCCACAGGGCCUGGAGACGCUCAGAGAUGAUGUCUGGGCGGAGCCGCGGGCCCUGCAGGGACCGGUUGUUGAAGUGGUGGCGUCCACCGAUUCCUUCCGACAGCUGGCGAAAUGGCGGCUCCAUGACGGAGACCGUGUUCUCGAGAUAGGCUGUUGCUUUGGACAGUGCACGGUCAUUCUGGCGGAACGUGCCGCUGAAGUACUCGCACUGGACACAUCAAAGGAAUGCGUCCAGCUCACUGCUCAGCGCCUGCGAGAAGAACGACUGGCGGAGCGAGCGCGGAGUGAGAGGUUGGACGUGCUGGCUCACCCGGAACUGCUGAGGAUCCUGGGCUCCUGCAAUCCUCCGUUUUCCGUCGUCUUCGUGGACAUUGGCGGCAACCGGGAGCUGAACCAUGUGGUGGAGUUGCUUGAACUCCUGGACCGGACGAUGCACAAUCUGAGUUACGUAGCCGUGAAGAGCGAGGCUCUUGCGGAGGCAUUGGCGCGCGCCCCCUUGAACGAGAUGCGGGUUCAGUGGUGGAAGGAGCUCACCCAGCAGCUUUGCCGAAAGAAGUUGCCAAAGCGGCCCAUGCAGAAAAUUUUGCAGCGCCCAGUCCGCAGGACACCUGAGGGCAAGGAAAUAUGUCGCUUCGCGAACUAUGCCGAAUGCUCCAAGGGGGAGGACUGCAGGUACGACCACGCACAUUGCCACUGCUGCGGUGCUGUGGGACACUAUGCCCGCGAUUGCGUGCAGUUCGAGGAGACGGACCAGGUUGAUGGUGAGCCUACCUACAGUCUCUGCUCACCUGUGGCUCAACGACUCUACAGUGCUCUUCGGGCUGGUGGCCGGGACCAAAGCACAGUGGAUGGACAAAGCGAGCAAAAGGACCAUUGA